AUGAAACGCAACGUACUUAUAAUAAUAAUUUCCUUGUCCCUCAUUUUGACUGAAAUUUCUGCCUCCCCACAGAAUUUUCUAAAUAUUCUCUCACAAAUCAGGGACCAGUUUGAAAUCGAUCUAUUUGUUACGGUGGGCACACAAAAUUCUCCGCUGUCCGAUCAACUACUUCAAGAGUUGGAACAAAAUUUAUCAGUUCAAAUCAUACAUUACUCAAAUUUAUGGAUUGCACCUAAAUACAUUAACCCAUAUCACCAUGGUGAUAUUGUACUGUCGAAAUUUAAACGCAAUUUCUUACUGAUUGGAAUAAUCGAUGGAAUAACAGCAAAGGAUGCUCUUUCGAAGCAGAUUUUCGCACUAACAUAUCGGAAUCCUAUGGCUAAGGUCAUAUAUUUUCUAGCUGAAAAUACAACAAUGACAACGACUGCUAUUCAAGCACUUAUCCGUAAGUGCUUCGACUCGGACGUAGUAGAUGUCGUGUUUUUCCAAAAUCAGCAUCCACCACAGAUGUUCACAUACCAUCCCUUCAAUGACCUUAAAAUUAUCAAAUUAAAAAAAGUUUCCGAUUUUUUUGAGAAUCGUUUAAUGAACUUCAACAAAUACCCACUCAGAGUUUUCAAAUACAAUUUGCCACCGAGAGUGAUGGAGUCCCAUGAAGGGGAAAUUAUGGGAUAUGCUGGACAUUUGGUUACAUCCUAUAUUCAAAAGCGCAACGCAACUGUUGAAGUUAUUCCUAGAAGAGAAGGAGUCUCUACGUAUGAACAGAUUAUGGAUAAGAUUGUAACGAGACACCUCGAUAUGUUGUGCGGAGUUUUACCAAUGUUUCAAUAUGACAUCGGAGAGCCAUCUUACCCCGUUUUAUAUGAGAAGUUCUGCGUCAUGGUUCGACCUCCUAAAGUGAUCCCGGUUUAUCGAAAUUUCCUGCAACCAUUUGAAGAAAACGUGUGGAUUGCAGUUAUUUGUGGAACAUUUUAUAUAGCUAUUGUAGCCUAUAUUGUCGGGGCUAUCGUCAAUGGAAGAAAAGAUAUUUCCGCGGCGUUUAUCACCUCCAUUUGUUUUAUCAUCGCUAGGGGUGAAGUUGGUAUUUUUUAUAAUUUAAACCGCCGACUCUGCGUCCUAUAUGUAUUCCUUUUCUUGUUGGGAUUCAUGCUAUCAAACAUGUACUGCGCUUUACUCACAACAUUUUUAACCACCCCUUCGUAUGAACGUGAAAUCAAGACACUCGCCGACAUAGCUGCUGCAGGCUUGAAGAUCGUAGGAGAACAAGUAGAAGUAAAUUACCUGACCAAGCGAGAUUUCUAUAAAAAAUAUCAUCCACUCCUGAAAGGACUAUCGCCCACGGAAUACAUGAAUGUCAAAAACAAUCUAAAUAAUACAAAUCCUGCUUUCAUUUCUACUGACAGUUUUGGCUUUUUGAAUGAAGUCCAGAAAUAUCAAAAUGAUAUCAAAUUCCAAAUCACAAACAUAUGCCCUUUCGACAUAUAUUUUUCUGUUUUUUUUAAAGAUGAAUCAAUCUUAAUUGAAAACUUCAACAGCCACGCUUUGCUAGUGCAACAAUCAGGACUUUUGAAUUACUGGAAAACAAAUGCAUUCUUUGAAGCGUUACGAUCAGGAUUUCUACAUCUGGAAAGAGGUAGUACGGAAUUCGGACCGGUACAACUAACACUGGUACAUUUGCAAGUUGCAUUCUAUAUAUUACUAUCUGGUUUGGCUGUUUCAAUUUCAGUUUUCAUUGCAGAACAUUUAUAUAAUUAUCUUAUUAAGUGCUCGAAAAGGUAGAUAGACUUAUAACUUAUGGUGAUUAUUUGUGCUCCUGUUCGAAUCAAUCUUACAUAUCUAUGAAAUAAAAGCAAAU